GAUCGCUAACUGCCGUGUUAUAUUCCACAUAUAUGCGCGACAGAGGCUACGUUUUUGCAAGUUCGUGCCUGUGCACUGCCAGGCGGUGUUAGAUUUCAGUUUGCAUACUAAAUCCCCGCUCUGGUUACGUGUUUGGACUCUGUGCUUGGAGCUCAGCCGCCGUGCCCUCCCUCGGCAGUAUGCCCGCUGACCUGCCUACUUUAACCAAGUCUUUUCAGAUUGUUGAUUUAUCCUGCAACGUUAUGGGGAUGGACUAAAUGAAGAAUGCAUCACGUUUGGGAAAUAAGCAUUAUUUUACACAUUAAUACCAUCAUUUCGGAAGCACAGCCUGUGUCCUCAAAACUUCACGAUGGCUGGUGGGCAUACAAAGAUGUUGUCCAAGGAAGCUUUAUUCCAGUGCCGUCUUUCUGGGGACUGGUGAACACUGCAUGGAACCUGUGUGCUAUUGGAAAAAGACAGUCACCUGUAAAUAUUGAAACCAGGCGUCUUAUCUUUGACCCUUUCCUCAGCCCUCUACGUGUGAACACAGGAGGAGAAAAGAUUACCGGGACCAUGUACAACACGGGCCGGCAUGUCUCCCUGUGGCCGGACAAGUCCCACGCCGUCAACGUGUCCGGCGGGCCGCUGAGCUACAGCUACAAGCUGGAGGAGAUCAGGUUGCACUUCGGCGCUGAGGACAGCCAGGGUUCCGAGCACCUUCUGAACGGACAAGCCUUUCCUGGAGAGGUGCAGCUCAUCCACUACAACCAAGACCUGUACUUCAACUAUAGUGACGCAGCCAGAAGGCCGAAUGGAAUCGCAGUCAUCUCCAUAUUCCUGAAGAUAUCAGAGCCUACAAAUUUGUUUCUGAUCCGAAUGCUGAGCAGAGAAACCAUCACCAGAAUAACAUACAAACAUGAUGCAUAUUUACUCACGGGCUUGAACUUAGAAGAGCUGUAUCCAGAGACCUCGGGCUUCAUCACAUAUGAAGGUUCCAUGACUGUCCCACCAUGCCUUGAAACUGCCACCUGGAUCCUGAUGAACAAACCAAUUUACAUCUCACAGAUGGAGAUGCAGUCCCUGCGUCUUCUCAGUCAGAACCAGCCAUCUCAGAUCUUCCUCAGUAUGAGUGACAACAUGCGGCCUCCACAGCCGCUUCAUCAGCGCUGCAUCCGCACCAACAUCAACUUCCACCAACCUGUGCGAAACUGCCCCAACAACCGUGUGCUGAGGCUGCAGUACAGGGUAAACGAAUGGCUUCUGAAGUAGUGCUUUUAAUGAUGACUCUAUGGUUGAGCGCUGACAAAUAAAAACACCAGUGAGACAGAAGGCAAGAGAACAGAAGAUGGGAAACUACUUUUAUACUGGUUUACAUGUUUAUAAUAGACUUCAAGGUCAAGUAAACCGAUGGUUUGUAUUUCCUGUUGUCUGACAGACAGCUGGACCUGCUGAACUAGGCUUUGUUCCAGAAGAUCAAUACUGUGUACAUUUUAUGUAUACACUUGAAAUAAACUCAACUUUGA